AUGAACUUUAAAGGAGGCAUCCGCAAGUUGCUCUCCAGAAACCACAGCGUGGGUAUCGCUGGGAGGGCAUCAGACGUCUCAGAGGACUCAAGUAUCUCGUACGAUCGAUCCUCUGGCUCAAUAGUACAUCGUAUGAAGACGUCUCUCAAAUCCCGAAGCGGACGGUUGAGAAGGACCGUAUCCGAGAGUGGCGCAGGCCACGACGAAUUUGGCCUCGACGAGCCUUUCCCAGAUAACAACAUCAGCCGUAGAGAUAUGGUACAUACACCGUAUCCAGAUGCCGCCGGUUCGUUCGGAGACUUGCGGAAGCGGGUUCCGCUACCGUCCAAAAAGAGCGCAUUUAUGGACCGGUAUCGGGAGUCUGAGGAAAGUUUGGGGUGGGAAGAUGGACCCUCUCCGCAAGAGAGACAAAAGAGCCAAGAUAUUGUAUCGGCAUGGCUUGAUACCAGCGGCGAGGCGGAGAUUCCUCCGACGUCCAGUGCCGACCUUUCGUUUGGCGUUCCGGAGGAGGAAACAAGUGAGGUAGAAGGCCCCGGAUACAAUGAUGGCGUACCUUUUCCGGCGCGUCGGCAAUCCCUUCGCAUGCUUGACUCAAUCUCGGAAGACGAGGUACCCGACUUUGUGGGGUCGGUGGUAUCAACAGCACCCUCUACGCCAAUGGUCCCGCCAACCAUUCCUUCUCGAAGCCGUUCCCCACCCUUGCGUCGACGUUCUUUGGAUGGUCAAGAAGACUAUCCCCGCCUACGUGGCCUCGAUACGAUCCAAGAAUCGGUACCUACACCAGAACCCAAGAGCCAUACGGCCCCACGACGCUCACUUGAUAGUGUGCGCCCAAUGGCACUCGAGUCAAUACCAGAAAUUGACUCUAGUUCCCCACUUGCUUCCAAUAAGCGACGGCUAGGACUCAAGGCAUUCGGACUGCCUCGAAGCGAAAGUGCUCCAACAAUUCCGACUAUACCCACCACAUCUCGACCUUCACCGCCUCCUCCCUCUCGCAAGGCCUCUGCCGGCUUGAUGAUGACUCCAAGGACAAAAGGGCCGUGGAUGAGUUCAUUGAGCGAGAACGGCGGUCUCUCCUCUCCUGGGACCCCCGUUUCGCCCUUUCAACGCAGUUCAAAUAAUUUGAUGGGACCCCGAGAGCCGCAAGGCCGACAUUCACCACAGUUCCAACGCAAGCCCCUCAGUCCACCAAUAUAUUCCCCAGGCUCUGUUUCCAUCCGAUCGGACCGCAUCCAAGAUGAAGAGUCCAAGCGGCUGACGGAGAUAGCCUACCUCACCUAG